UGCAAGAGUAUAAUUAACAUAUAGAUAUACACACAGGAUAUUGAUAAUCGAGGGGCUGAUGGGCAAUUAAUUAAGCUGAUCAAGUACGACAUAUAUGCAUGGCUGAAGCAAGAAAUCUCAUGAUUAGGCUUUAAAAAAGCAAGCAGCAGCACUAUAAAUAUUAUUAUGAUGCAAGGAUUCUGAUUCACUUUUGAAAUUGAGUCUCCAACUCAUGAUCAUCUGUUGCUCCGGGUUUAUCUCCUCCAUCGAUCGAUCGCCGAGACUGAUACUACUUUCUCAACCCAACCCAGAUGAUCAAGAUCAAUUGAUUGCGCGCAGAGUUCCAAGUUGCUGAGAUAUAUUAGACCAUAACUGAAGCCCGGCCACCACCUGCAAAAGGAACAAAAACGCAUCUUGUUUCCUAACACAGGAAAUUCAACCAGAGAUGGGUUUCUGGUCACUUUUUGAGGUGGCGUCCAUGCCAAUCUUGCAAGUCCUCUUGAUCUGUAUAUUGGGAGCGUUCUUAGCAACUGAGUACUUAAAUCUUCUCCCUAUGGACGCCCGGAAAUCCUUGAACAAGAUCGUCUUCAUGGUCUUCACUCCUUCACUUGUAUUUGCGAGUCUGUCCAAGACUGUUACGCUCCAAGACAUCAUUUCAUGGUGGUUUAUGCCAGUAAACAUCGCUCUUACCUUUUUAUUUGGAGGAAUCCUUGGAUGGGUGGUUGUGAAAAUAUUGAAGCCAAAGCCUCAUCUGGAAGGCCUGAUCAUUGCUACAUGUUCGUCAGGAAACCUGGGAAAUCUCCUCCUUAUCAUCGUCCCCGCAAUCUGCAAUGAGGAUGGGACACCAUUUGGAGAACGUAAUAUCUGUAGCUCUGUUGGACUCUCAUACGCAUCUUUCUCCAUGGCGAUUGGUGGUUUCUUCAUCUGGACUUAUACUUACCAGCUGAUAAGAACCUCAUCCAUGAAAUUCAAAGCACUUCAAGCAACUGAGGAGGUCUCAAAGGUACCUAACAAUGAUUUCAAUAGUGAUGGGCAAACUCGCCUUCUCAAGGAAGAAGAUCCAGAACAAGUUGCUAUAAGUGUGUCUUCAAUCAAAUCUGUUGAUGACACAGAGAACGAAGUUAUUGUAGCCCAAGAAUCGGCCAGCAGAUUGGAGAAGAGAAAUGUGUCAUUCUGGAAUAAACUAAUUGGAUUUCUUCAGCAGAUUCAGGAGGAGCUAUUAGCACCGCCAACACUGGCUGCCAUCUUAGGACUCGUAUUUGGAGCAAUUUCAUGGCUGAAAAACUUAAUGGUUGGUGACAAUGCCCCCCUGCGGGUGAUCCAAGACUCCAUCCAAUUACUCGGGGACGGGACUAUUCCCUGUAUCACUCUUAUUCUAGGAGGCAACCUCACUCAAGGCUUACGCUCGUCAAAAGUCAAAUUAUCAAUCAUCACAGGAGUGCUUUUCGUCCGAUAUGUUCUACUUCCAGUAAUCGGCAUUGGGGUUGUUAAAGCAUCUGCCAAUCUUGGCUUUCUCCCUUCAGACCCUUUGUACCACUUUGUGUUACUGGUUCAGUUCACCCUGCCUCCUGCCAUGAAUAUUGGCACUAUGACCCAGUUAUUUGAUGUGGGUCAGGAAGAGUGCUCAGUUCUGUUUCUAUGGACAUACGUGGUUGCAGCAGUUGCUCUCACAGUUUGGUCGACAGUCUACAUGUGGAUCUUGUCUUGAGAAAGCCUGAAUCAACUAUGAAGUUUACUACCGCUUGAAACAAGAAAAAAUAAUGGGAAAGCUCAAUAUGGGUUGAAAAGCCAUUAUAAGUGGUCCAUUAUAUACGUACAUUUCUACAUCGCGUGAUUUUCUCCCUUCUAAAUUCAAUUAUUGAUUUUGUAAGGUAUUUGUGAAAACUUUUUUGAGGUAGAUUUAGGUGCACCCUUUAAAGUUGCGUGCUUUCAUGUUCUCGAUCAACUGGCUAAAUAGACCAAAAGGUCGGCAGACCUUUAGACUGUGUGUGAAUUAUUUUCUGUUACAGAGUUUACUUGGAUUGACCAUCGUCUCUGUAGCAGUCUCCCUCCAUGGAAAUAUAUAUAAUACUCACAGAGCUUGCUUGAGAA